AUGAAGCGCACCGCUCCUUCUCCGAAACGUCGGGGACUCUUCAGACAUGAGCCACGCCAACUCAAUCCCCAGCUAUCUAACCUCUGUCCAGAGGUUAUUAAUGUCAGCCCUCCCAGUGCCAGGUCUAUGAUUGACAGGAUCAACUCCGAGCACGCUGAUAGAUACUUGGCUUUCCAAAGCGCCAGUGACCAACUCGAGCUUCUGAGGCUCGAGGCCUUGCGUCUCAGGAUAUUGGAGUCCACGAAAUCCACGACCGAUCCAGCAAAUGAGAUGUCUCCUCACCGCGCGAGCCCCGUCUCAACUCAAGGCUUGAGUUCCAAUGGAGAACCUGGUCCCACCGUCCCAAACUCGACGCGAACCACACCAAACUCGAUGCGAACCUCGAUGCGACCCCGUGCUUCAGUCCUGAGCGAAAGUGAGAUCAGUGUUCUUGAUCUCGGCCCCAGUCUUCAAUCUACCCAUAUUUCAUCUCGAGCCUCUCGCCGCAACUCAUCCUCUUCAAGUGCUCAUCCUGGAAUCGGCCUCGCGCGUACCACUGCUCCCAGCUUUGUGCCGGGGCCUGGCAGCGACACUUCGGACCAACAAGUUGAACGCCACCUCAGGACAGAUGAGCUUGAAUCUGUCGCUCUCACUUCCGCCAGUGGCUCCGUUAACAACGACUUCCCUCUCAACCUGCGUCAGCGCCGCCAGAACCGAGCCAACAUCACUCUCCCCAGCCCCCAGGAGCUGCGACCUCAUCGCGUAAACCGUUCAUUUACCAUCAGUGGGGCUCAUGGUUCGAGAGAUGGAUCUGGCUUCGACCAGAGCCCUACUUCCUUCACCGACGAGCCCAAUCGCCGGAUUUUCUCGCUCUCUGUUCCGCAAUCUCCCCAGUCUCCAGCCCUGCCGCCCCACCCAACUCUACGACGUGCUCAGAGCUCAUUUAGUGGAAUGGACCCGGCCUUUUCAGCUAUGCGCAAUGCAGAACGGGCGAUACAAAAUGCACGCGACGCUGCAGGCUCUCGGCAUGCCGAUCGCAAAUGA